UUAAAUUUUGUUAGUGAUUCACUUUUAAAACUUCCAUGAUUUUUCUUGUACGGUUCAUUAUAGCCGACACCAAAUUAUUUUGGGACCAAAGUUUUGUCAUUGAAAAUUAGAGGAAAUUAAGAUCCAGUGUACUCCUGUCUCCUGCCUCGCUGCUCCCCUCCCACACUCUCUCACCUCCAUUGAAGCGCACUCUGAAUUCUCCAUUGAAGCGCUUGCGAGCUUUCUCCUCCACUGAAGCAGCUUUCCAGCUUCUGAGGGAAAUUGGUGUAUAAUGAUUCAUUAAUCUGGAUAAAUUAAACCCAUUUGGUGGUUGAACUUGGGAAAUUAAUGCCCAAUGUGUUAAUGAGGAUUGCCCUGGUUUAAUUAAGAAAUUUUUAAGCAUCAAAUGAUGAAAUUUGUGGCGAAAUUUCGAUGCUUUACGGUGUUGAAGUCUCGGUUUUCAACUGUUAGAUAUAGCUCCGAGGUCUUUGUCAGCAGGCUCUCAUUUUACACAAAACAUGAUGAAUUUCGGAACAUGUUUUUGCAAUUCGGCAAGGUUAAAGAAGCUAAGUUGAUUAUGGAUAACAGAACUGGAAGGACUAAGGGGUUUGGUUUCGUUACAUUUGAGACAGAAGAUGAGGCGCAUAAAGCUAUUAAGGGUUUGAAUGGCAGGAUAGUUCAAGGACGACUGAUUUUUGUGGAAUCUGCCACAGGCACGAAGACUGAUGGAAUUGAUGCUGGAUCCAAUCGCUGAAAACUCCAUGUUUAAAAGUCUAAUGUGGACAUGCAUGUUGUCUUAUGAACCAUCCAAUCUAUGGUGAAAUAUGAUAGGCAUUCCUGAUUUCCUGUAAAGAAUUGCAACUACAUAUACAAAAUUCAGUUUUGAGCUUCUGCUGCUUUUAGGUCAAUAUGUUGCAAUAAACUUAAAAUUAUAAAUGCUACGAGUACAAUUUUUGUCAAAAUACUA